CCAUCCAAAUUUCCCCACUAUUUUUGCUUCAUCAGAUCAAACCCAAGCCUUUCCUCUAUUGAAACCCAAGCACAGAAAACUAUGGCUACCACAUUUGCUACUGCCUCAACCGUGGCAGGCUUGGGAACAUCUUCUUUGUCAUCGCCUUCUCGGGCAUCUUCACCAAAGAAAGUAUGCUUGAACUCAGGCUUCCUAAAAUCUCCCGUAACGACUAGGAAUCCUUUGAGCCUAGCACAAAUAUCAGGAGGGAAGUUUACUUGCUUUGAGAGAGACUGGCUGAGGACAGACUUCAAUGUGAUUGGAUUUGGAUUAAUUGGUUGGAUUGCACCUUCCAGCAUUCCAGUAAUUAAUGGGAAAAGCUUGACAGGGCUCCUCUUUGAGAGUAUUGGAACUGAGCUGGCUCACUUCCCUACUGGUCCUCCUCUCACUUCUCCAUUCUGGUUGUGGAUGGUCACUUGGCAUUUGGGGUUGUUUAUCACCCUUACUUUUGGACAAAUUGGAUUCAAGGGGAGGACUGAGGGCUAUUUUGACAAAUGAUUUACAUGUUAUUAAUGUGUAUAAUAUGACCCAUGAAUUAAGUAUCUAAAGUUUGCUUCUUUCUUUUAACUUUCAUUUCUUUUAGUUCCCAAGUCUUGACUCCCUUUGUUAGUGAAUAUGAAUUCGUGGUGUUUGUACUCU